CAGGAACUAGAGCAAUUGCCCUUGAGGGACCAGACACCUAUCAACAAUCUCUGGUCAGUUUUCGAUGCAGCACCAGCCCAGCAAAGAAUCCUUAUCCUCAAAGGACUUUUGUCGACGUGCUGCACAUCUCAGCUUUCCUAUCUUGCCUCCGCCCUGCAACCUCUCUUACGUAUAGAUUUUACGGUUAUUUUACCAAUAGAAAUUUCGAUAAAAAUUUUCACUUACCUCGACGCCCAAUCCCUCUGUAAGGCUGCUCAAGUCAAUAAGCGCUGGAGAGAGAUUGCCGAUGACGAUAUUCUCUGGCACCGUAUGUGUGAGCAACACAUCGAUCGCAAAUGCACAAAAUGUGGCUGGAGACUAGCUCUACUCCAGAAACCCAAACUUAUUCGAUCACCUGAAAAACGAGUGCGAGAAGACUCUACAGAAGACUUGCCGAACAAGCGUACAGACAGAAAGCUGUGGAAGGAUAUCUAUAGUGAAAGACUUGUAGUUGAACGACAUUGGCGCAAAAACAAAUAUGUUCACCGAGUGCUUAAAGGACACAUGGACGGUGUUAUGUGCCUUCAGUUUUGCGAAUAUCAGAAUAUGCUUAUCACCGGAUCUUAUGACAAAACAAUAAUCGUUUGGAACCUUGAGACAGGCGCACUACUAGAAACCCUUAAAGGACAUACUCGCUGUGUACGUACACUACAGUUCGACGAUACAAAACUUGUAACAGGGUCUAUGGACAAUACACUACGUAUUUGGAAUUAUCGCACUGGACAAUGUAUUCGUACACUUGAAGGCCACACUAACGGCGUUGUCCAUUUGCAUUUUGAUGCUCGCAUCCUUGCCAGUGGCUCAGCUGACGCCACUAUAAAAAUCUGGAAUUUUCAGACAGGGAAAUGCUAUACAUUAACAGGCCACACACAUUUAGUAAAUCAUGUCAAGAUUUACAACAAUAGUACAUCUUUGGUCUCUACUAGCGACGACACAACCAUACGUAUCUGGGAUCUCGAAAAGCGUACCUGCACCCGUGUUUUGCAGGGUCAUCUGGCACCUGUACAGGUCGCAGUACCAAGCAUGCCAGGCUUAAUUCACCGCUUCGAAGACUAUACAGCCAAUCUUCAAAUUCAGAAAACACACACAGGCACAAGCUUUCAAGCUCCAAGCACUUCAAGCACUACUUCUGUCCCUGUGAUUAUAUCUGGUUCCCUCGACACUAGUAUCAAGAUAUGGUCAAUAGAGACUGGCAAUUGCCUCGGGACUCUUCUUGGCCAUGCCCAUGGCGUGUGGACGCUUGCUUAUGAUAAGCAACGCCUCGUUAGUGGUUCUCACGAUGGUAUUAUAAAGAUAUGGGAUAUCGAAAAGGGAAAUCCCAUGUACUCUCUUCAAGGUCAUACUUCGGCCGUUACUGCUAUCGCACUUGGAGAUGCAAAAGUAGUAAGCGCCUCAGACAAUGGAGAAAUUCACAUCUGGGAUUACGGUGCGAUUAUCUAG